AUGCCUCUUGUCACUCCGGUAGCACUCGUCGAGGAGUUCAAGAAAUCUGGCGAAUUUGAUCGUUUACGAAGAGAACUCCUCACUCAGUUCCAGAGCGACGAUUCUUUCCCAGCCUUCAAGUCCAAAAUUGAAGAUAUGGCAAGGCAUUGGCUCUUUUCGGAGGAGAUGAUGCAAUACUUGCCCCAGGAUUCUGUGCACAAAGAACUUGCUCAGGAAAUAGACAGAUGCUCUCCGAUGAAGCCUUCGCCGCAAACAUCCAUUCUUCAGUUCAGAAAAUUCUUCGUGAAGAUAAAGGAGAAGGCUCUACCAUCCCAAAUGAUGCCGUGGGUCAGCAACCUAACGGAGAGCAUCUGCAGAAGGCAGGCGACAAUACUCAACACUCUACCACAGGCCUCGCCUCAGAACCUAACGACGCAGCAAUUGCUGAUCAUUCUUAACUUUACCCCCCUACUCGUUCCCCGAUCCGUAACUGCCGCGAUGUCGAUAGAACCGAAUCCUUCUUGUGAACACACGGGGCUAACUAGUAAGGCAACACUCGAUGCCUUCAUCUGCAACCAACCGACUAUGAGCCCCAACCCCUUUCAAUAUCCGACAGUUGGAUGGCAGGGUUCGAGGGAAAUCGAUGCACUACGAUAG